AUGAUUAAUACCAAACAACCCCAAAAACUCCCCCAAUCCUCCCCUACAAUUGCCACAACCUCUGCCACAACCUCCCACUCCACUACUUCCUCCACUUCUUCAAACUCUUCCUCCUAUUCCCGUUCACCAAUUUAUUCCAAAAAUUCUCCUCUUAAACGAAAGGAAUUCUCGGAAUCUCGCCGCAAAAUUCUUCAAGAUCAAAAAAACGAGGAGGAACAACAAAAAAUCUUGGAAAAGGCAAAAGAGGCCAUGCGUUGGCAGCAACAAAGGGCCGUUGAUACAGUGGAGGAAGUGAGUCAGUUGGGGCAAGCUGCCUUGGAACAAAUGGCUAUAUUGGAAGAAUUGGAAUUUGAAGAUUUCGAGAGGAAAACAAAAAUUAGUGACAGACUUUGUACCAAAAAUGUCCCUUCUUCCUCCUAUGUUUCCCUGCCAACAUCACUAGCAACCUCAUCAACUGCCUCUAGUACUCGGCAAGAAUCCGAAAUAAAUAAUGGGGCUACAGCUAGAAAAUCUCUCAAUACUGGGGUAAUUUAA